CGGCUCGACAGGCGGCGCGGGCGGCGGUAAAAUGUCGGUUCCAGGACCUUACCAGGCGGCUGCUGGGCCUUCCUCAGUGCCAACUGCCCCCCCAUCCUAUGAAGAGACGGUGGGCGUCCACAGUUACUACCCCACGCCUCCAGCACCUGUGCCUGGGCCAGCCACGGGGCUUGUGACGGGCCCGGAUGGGAAGGGCAUGAAUCCUCCUUCGUAUUACACCCAGCCGGGGCCUGUCCCCAAUGCCAACGCAAUUGCUGUGCAGACUGUCUAUGUGCAGCAGCCUGUCUCCUUUUUCGACUGCCCUGUCCAGAUGUGUUGUCCUUCCUGCAACAAGAUGAUCGUGACUCAGCUGUCCUAUAAUGCCGGUGCCCUGACUUGGCUCUCCUGUGGGAGCCUGUGCCUGCCGGGGUGCAUAGCAGGCUGCUGCUUCAUCCCCUUCUGCGUGGACGCCCUGCAGGACGUGGACCACACCUGUCCCAACUGCAGAGCUCUCCUGGGCACCUACAAGCGUUUGUAGGACUCGGCCGGACAUGGAGGGAGCCGUGUGCAGCAGGAAGUCCUUUCUGACUCAUCCAGCCCCACCCCUGGUGGAGGUUCUGCUCCGGUGGUCUCAUCUCUCCAGGGGUCCAUCUUCAUGUCUUCCUUUGGGGGGAAAAUAUCGCAAAACUAACAAACCUCUAAACCCAGAAAUUGCUGCUUGGAGUCAUCCAUGGGACAUGCAAAGACAUUACCCUUGAGUGUUGGCUCAAGGGUCUCCCACCUACCCGUGACCCUAAGUCAUACCAUCUAACUGUGAUCGUAACCCCAUCUGAAACUUCCUGUGAUUUGCCAUUGGCCGGCUCCUUUUCCUGCCUCAGUGGGCCUUUCUGGUGGUGUCCAACUGAGAAGCCACAGUUGCCUUAUUUUUGAGACUGUUCUGACCCAAACCCAGCAGGAUUUGCCUUUGGUGCCUGCCAUCUUUUCCAUCUGUUCCCACCCCUGAUGACAAAAGUCUUGCCUUAUAGACGUUAUGGGCUUGGCUCUUAGGUUCUGUAACUGCAGAUUUUGUUAGCACACAAACUACUUUAAUUUCUUAAUUUUUUAAAAAGUACAAGGGGUGGGGGGCUGUUAACACUCAUCAGACACAUAUCCAUGAGGUCAUAAACACAUGCUAGAAAAACAGGCCUGGAUCUUACUAUGGGUAGGCCUUCGCUUGUUUCUUUGUGCCGGGUCCUCAGCACCACUUUCCAUGAAGGGAUUUUUUUCUCAUAGAGUAAUUCUAUUAACAGCUUUUAUGACCUCCUUUUGGUUUUAAACACUUGGAACAUAAUUUUGGAAGGAGGGACAUACAGAACCAUUUUCUGUAACCAUAUGAUUGUUAUCAUUUUCCCAUUUGCCAACUUGCUCCCACUUUUUUGUUUUAACAGAAAAAGAAAGGGAAAAUUUCAUCCACUUCCUUUAUCCACCUGGGUUUAAUGUGGUUCUUAAAAACCUCCAUAAUGGAACUCUCCAAGUGGAACCCCUUUGGGGUUCCUGGUGGUGUGUUUGGAAAGAUGAGGAAAAGCAUGUUUGAGUAUUUCUGGGGUACCACGGUGCUGAGAAGCUUGGGAACUGAAACUGUUUCAAAGGAGUCUGACGUCUGAUUUUAUUUUUCAGAGAUACAGUUUGUUGUAUAACGUCAGCAGACAUGAUUUCUAGGACUCAAGCAGCAAGCCAAAUUCCUAUGUUGCUGCUGUGGUCUUUUGAAUCCAGACAAAGCCGAGAGUCCCCGUUUUGAUAGUAAAUUGGCACAGGGAACUCAUAUAAUAAUACAAUGUAGAAAUCAAGACUAGAUCUUGAACAAAAAUCUGUAUAUUGGUUGAAAAUGAUAGUUGUAACCCUUGAUUCCACUCCUUCCUUAGAUGUUUUGGAAAUUCCAGUAAGUAUUUUUGCAAUGAGUAUGGGUACUGCAUACUAUUUUGGUAUUAUCUGCUUUCAAAAAAAUAAAGCGGUUCACUCAGUGA